GCUAGACGAAAGCGAGGCUCGGAAUCCCAGAAUAGCUGGCGGGCGGGUCUGGGCUCAGCUGUCUGUCCUCGGCUGUACGAGAGAGAGAUGCACAGGGCUGGAAGAUGGCAGAGCUGCAGAUGCUGUUAGAGGAGGAGAUCCCCGCCGGUAAGCGGGCGCUGAUCGAGAGCUACCAGAACCUCACCCGAGUGGCGGAUUACUGCGAGAGCAACUACGUCCAGGCACCAGACAAGAGGAAAGCCUUAGAAGAGACCAAGGCCUACACCACCCAGUCCUUGGCAAGUGUUGCCUAUCAGAUCAAUGCAUUGGCCAACAAUGUUCUGCAGUUGCUGGACAUCCAGGCUUCCCAGCUGCGGAGGAUGGAGUCCUCCAUCAAUCAUAUCUCCCAGACUGUGGACAUCCACAAGGAGAAGGUGGCCCGCAGAGAGAUUGGCAUCUUAACCACCAACAAGAACACUGCCAGGAGCCAUAAGAUCAUAGCUCCGACCAACAUCGAGCGUCCCGUCAGGUACAUUCGAAAGCCCAUAGACUACACGGUGCUUGACGAUGUAGGCCACGGAGUGAAGUGGCUAAAAGCCAAGCAUGGAAGUAACCAGGCAGCAAGAACUGGAACCCUGACCCGGACAAAUCCUCCUACACAGAAGCCACCCAGUCCACCCAUGCAGGGCCGGGGUACCUUGGGGCGGAAUACCCCAUACAAAACCCUGGAACCCGUCAAACCUCCUACGGUUCCUAAUGAUUACAUGACCAGUCCGGCUCGGCUCGGAAGUCAGCACAGUCCAGGCAGGACCGCAUCUCUGAAUCAGAGACCAAGAACACAUAGUGGAAGCAGUGGAGGAAGCGGUAGUCGAGAAAACAGCGGCAGCAGCAGCAUUGGCAUUCCUAUAGCUGUGCCAACACCUUCACCUCCAACUAUCGGGCAAGGUGUCUCUGGUGGUCCCACACCUUCACCACCACCUCCUCCACCGCCACCACCUCCACCCCCUCCACCAGUUGGCGGUGGCCCGGCUCCCAGCUCCCAGUUUGGCUCUAUGGCAAGACAGAUCUCUCGGCACAACUCGACCACGUCUACUGCUUCUUCUGGGGGAUACAGGCGGACGCCUUCUGUGACCUCCCAGUUCUCAGGUCAACCUCAUAUCAAUGGUGGGCCUCUGUACUCUCAAAACUCAAUUUCUAUCGCUUCUCCCCCUCCCCCAAUGCCUCAAUUGACUCCACAGAUACCUCUCACAGGCUUCGUGGCCAGGGUGCAAGAAAACAUUGCCGAUAGUCCUACACCACCACCUCCGCCCCCACCUGAUGAGAUACCAAUGUUCGAUGACUCUCCCCCGCCACCACCACCACCCCCUGUAGACUACGAGGAAGAAGAAGCUGCUGUGGUCCAAUACAAUGACCCGUAUGCAGAUGGAGAUCCGAUAUGGGCUCCUAAGACGUAUGUUGAGAAAGUUGUUGCCAUUUACGACUACUCAAAAGACAAAGAGGACGAGCUGUCCUUUAUGGAGGGAUCGAUAAUCUACGUCAUCAAGAAGAACGACGACGGCUGGUAUGAAGGGGUCUCCAAUGGAGUCACGGGCCUCUUCCCCGGAAAUUAUGUUGAAUCAAUCAUGCACUAUGCGGAUUAAUGUUUUUGCCUUUUUUCAUAUAACUUUAAUUUUUUUAUUUUUUUUGUCUCCCCCUCUAAAUUCAGUACUACGUGUAAUCAGAUUUUAAAGUUCAAUUUAAGAAAUAAUGUCUCUGUACAAAUAAACCUAUUUUUAACCCCUUUAGUGUCGGAGACCUGCUCCUGCACCAAAAGGGUCUAGACUAAAUUCAUCUAGAGAAUAAAUUACCCAAAUGCCUCAAGACCAAUUGGUUGAUGGACCUAACAGACCCGGCCCCAGUUUAAGCCUCUUUAUUCCUAUUUUUUUCGGCUCAGUACUUCAUUGGGAAGUAGGGUUUCACGUGUAAUAACUCGAUCAGUCAUCUUGUGCCACUGACAUGUGUUUUCCUCCUUACAUAUGUUUUUCAUGCAGCAUGAAAUCUAACACUACGUUAGGCUACCAUUUGGACUUCCGAAUCGAUGCUACUGCUGGUUGUAUUUCCUUUCUUAAUAACUGCUCAUUCUUUUAGUAUGAAACAAAAAUUUGUUUUUACCGCAUGCGUACAAAAAAAAAGAUAAAAAAUCCUUUAUGUACUGAAAUAUUUUUUAAAAAAUCCGCAAUGCUUCCAAAAUACUUCUUUUAAAUACUCACCAGUUU